AUGGCAGGGAAAAGACUUUUGCAGGCUGCAACUGUGGCUAAAAAGGCUGUUGAGUCUGAGGUCACUAAGGCCUUGGAGGCCGUUGUGGAUAUGGACAAAUCUCUUAAGGAGGAUUUGAAGAGUUUUAAAGACGAGAUUAAGGGUGGGAUUAGAGAUGUGAUUGACAAGUCGGGAGUUAAUGAUUUGGAUACUUUGGUGAAGAGUGAUUUGGGGAGGUUGAGGGAGAGGAUUAAGGGGCUUAGAGAUAAAGUGAAGAAUGAGAUUGGCGACGAUAGUAAUAUUGUUCGACAACAGUUAAGGGAUCUUGAAGGUGCGAAGAGCACGUUGCAUAAGCUUGCUAGUAAGAUUGGUCCUGAGUCAAUAGUGGCGCUGACUGCAGGGCUUGACACUAAGUUUACAGAUGUGAUACAACAGCCGCUUAAGAAGUUGAUCGAUGAUGUUAACACGGCGAUUGGGGCGCUUGGCGAAAAAUUUGAUAAGCCGGACACAAACACAUUUGAAAGUAUUUUCGAGCAUAUUAGAGAUAAGGUUGGGGCAAUUAAGGGGAGGCCUAAAGUGGGUAGAAGUAACGGAUCAGGGCUGGAUGGAAUAGUCAGUGAAGUGAAGGGGCUUGCCAGGGCGUUUGUUCCGGGAAGCGGGCAAAAUGGUUUUAAGGCUAGAGUCGGCGGUUGGCUGGAAGGUGUAAUAGGGAAUGGGACGAAAAGUAAGCCCGGGUUGCAAGCUGUGAAUACUUUGCUUGCGGAGUAUCAGAAUGCGGCUAAGGGGGGCGGACAUGAUGAACAAGCGUUGAGAGAUCAAGUUAAGAAUCAUAUUAUGGCUGCACUUAACAGCCAAAUUGGUGCAGCGCAAGGGAAGAUUGGUGCAGUGAAAGAGGGCAUUAAAGAAAAUCUCACUGCCAUCGUAAGCGCUUGCGAGGAGUUUGUCAGUAAACUUGAUGAGAAAAUCACGAAAACGGAAAUAGAGAGAUUUGCUCCUGCGAUAGCCGGGCAGAUUCAGGGGUGGGGAACGCGACAGCUCCUUCAUACUUAUAAUAACGUCUCUGAUCUCAGAAGUGCCGUCAAAUACAUCCUGGUCGCGCUCUGCGCCGGUGUCAAUCAGGUGGCCACGGAGAUAAGAGUUUUGGGCAACAACACGUUUGGCACAAUAUUGGACAAAAUAAAGCCGAUUGUAGAUAAGCUUCACAAUCAUCUAGACCUGGCGACUCAAAAAUCCGCCACCUUCCAACCUAGCCCCGCCCAAGCCGUGGACGGUAAGUUGGAGGACGUGAAGAGUGAGGUUAAGGGGCUUGAAGAUACAUUUAAGCAGAAAGUCAAGAAAGAGCUUCAAGAAGAUGUCAACAAGCUUGACGGAGCUGUUCGCGAUUUCGACACUUAA